AUGUUUUUAAAAAGUACCUCGGACCCCACUUUGAGAACCCCUGCUCAAGAGGACCUGUCUAUUAUUGGCCACAGGAGGUCGCUGUGAGUUCAGGAUUGGUGGCAGACAUCCUCUGACUGUCCCGGUGUGAGUUAAUGGCUCCUCCUGCUAGAUACAGAGACGGAACUGGUAGAGAGCAGUGCAGGAGGAAGCAGUCCGAAAAACACUAACUACACCUCGGGUAGAUAGCUAGCGCGGUGGGUGGUUUGAGAGAGACAGGCGCACGGGGUUGUAGUCGAGGCCUGGUGUUAAAGCGCAAAGUGGACGGUCGAGGAAAGCGUUUUGUAUUUUAACAACCGACUCCGCAAAUGAACUCCGUCAGAGCCACCAACCGGAGACCCAGGCGAGUCUCAAGGCCGCGCCCGGUGCAGCCCGACCAGAACGAGGGCGACCGAGGUGAGCGGGACCACCGUCAGAGCACUGUAGGGGCUGUAGUCGUGUCAGGGCGGCAAGGUUCCACUGUGACCCCAGCCUCAACUGUCUGGGUGUUAUUUAGGAAAAGGCUUGUCGCUCUGUGGCCCAGGCCAGGCCGCGCUUUGUUUUGCUUGAGUGACUGUGGCUACCAGUGGGGCUAGGGGUAACGACGUUAGUGAAUGCUUUGCCUGUGUAACGUUAACUAGUCAGCUAGUAAGGCGACUAGCUAAAGAACUAGCCCACACUACGCAGCUAUAACGACGACCAUGGCGAACCCACUGACCAAAUCUAUAUAUAUAUUUGCACUGACUUUGCCAGGCCGUGUCAUGGUCAGGGCAGUUAACGUUACUAGCUCACUGACGUUAGCUAUCAACUGUAACGCUUCUGACGAAAUUAAUCUGCGUUGCGUUUUUGGACUGCCAUUUUGGGGUGUGCUAGACAUCCACCCAUCCUCCAGCAACUAACUAAGUUUGCUAACGUUACUAGCCAACUGAUAUGAAUAUCUAUCAGCCGCAAUUUUGACCGGUUCAUUUUCUUGCUAAGCAGUCAACCAGCUAACGGUACAUAACUCCGUGGCUCACAUUCAUCGGCUACCGUAGUUAUUUAAUUUACCUAACUAGCUAACUACUAGUUAAACAAGCUAAACAAUUUUGUCUGACUGAGCGCUAACGCGUUAGCUGGCUAGCUGUAUGUUUGUUUACACGACGGAUUUACGAGCUAGUUAGCUACGUAACUAACGUUAGUUGAGUUUUGACUCAGUGCAGGACUGGUCGCCCCCGGCAAGUCUGCGGCCAGGUUGCCGUCAGGUCAACUGUUCGUGGCUUAUCGGGGCUGUGGCUAUAGUAUCACAGUGUGACGGGACAGAGGCCGGUGUCCAGCUAGAAAAGGGAAGGGUAUUGAGGGGGGACGCAUCUGCGGUUAUCAAUCACCAACCUUUGUUAGUCAGCCACACAGCCCUGCAAAACAACAGCCUGCCCCUGUCAUAUAUUAUAUGCAGUCAAUCAAACACAACCAUGACACCACCCAGUCUGUGAAUGGCCUGAAAGUGUAAAUGCCAGUGAUCAGCUGUCAUUACUAACCUGUGUUUUGUAAUCAGCCCUGUACUCCCCUACCAACUGCAGUACAGUAGAGAUCUGUGUGGGUGGAUGGUGUUUAAAUGUCACCUGCCUGCCGAUCUUUGUCUGUUGAACUGUGCUGAGAGAGGAUGCAGUCAGUUGAACUGUGCUGAAAGAGAAGACGUGUGUGUCUUUGUGCUGUAUCUGUCAGACUGUGUUCUGACUGUGUCCUCUGUGAGUCCAGCAGAUGAGCAGGCUCCAGCUGCAGCAGCGGAGGUGGCUGUGGAGGAGUCCGGGCCUGCAGCUGGGAACAGCCCCUACCAACUCCGACGCAAGUCUCUAUUGCCAAAGAGAACAGCCUCCAGUACUGCAGUGGCCUGCCCCAGCAAGACCGCUAUGGAGGUCAGACAGGGAGAGAGAGCACCAUUCUGUGCUUGUUCACUUCCCUUUAAUUGCUUUAAAUGGAAAGGACUGGUUUUGAAACUUGGUGUAAACUCCCUUUAGCACCAGUGUAUAUUUUGGGAGAAAGGUAGAGGACAGUGUAGUUGUGAGUGUGACAAAGACAAUGUUUAAGUGUGUGUCAGUCAUUGGGGGAGGUAGCAGAGUGUGUGUGUUGCUGAUGUGUGUUAUUCUGACACAGGGAGCAUCCACCUCGACAACAGAACACUUUGGCCACCGAGCCAAACGGGCCAGAGUCUCCGGCAAAAGCCACGAACUGUCAGGUAACAAUGUGUGUCUAGGUGUACAAGUCAAUGAUGUGAUGUGUCUGCAUGGUCUUUCUACAUCUGUGUAUGCAUCAUCUAUAAAUACUAAUGGAAACUCUGUGUGUGUUUGUAGCGGCUCCAGCAGAGCAGUACCUGCAACAGAAGCUUCCAGAUGAGGUGGUUCUGAAGAUCUUCUCAUACCUCCUGGAGCAGGACCUCUGUCAGACCGCCUGCGUCUGCAAACGCUUCAGCCAGCUAGCCAACGACCCUAUACUCUGGUACACACACACUUCCGUCGACUGUGACUCUAUACUGAAGGAACACAAACAUGCAUAACCUAAUAUUUUCUUGCCCAUUAUAGUUAACUGACAUGUCACAAGAAAAAUCAAGUCACUAUCGACCACUACUGGGCCAUACUGAUAUGAAGGCUGUUAGUUCGUGCAACCCUCUACGCCGGGAGUUGACAUUUGCCCUCUCUGUGUGUGUCCAGGAAGCGUCUGUACAUGGAGGUGUUUGAGUACACACGUCCCAUGAUGCACCCUGAGCCAGGCAAGUUCUACCAGGUCAGCGCUGAGGAACAUGACCACCCCAACCCCUGGAAGGACAGCUUCCAACAACUGGUGGGUAGAGUGUGUGUGUGGUUAGAUAAGCGUUGUGUUCAUGUUACUUUAACAUUGUUUUUAAAUUGUUGCAGUAUAAAGGAGCCCAUGUGAAGCCAGGCUUUGCUGAACAUUUCUACAGCAACCCUGGGAGGUACAAAGGCAGGGAGAAUAUGCUGGUAAGACGCACGCGCACACAUACUCAUGGUCCAUUGAAAACACAUUUUCAGUAUGGCUGUCAGCCAGCUCCAAUUUUGCUUGAAUUUACGUAACCGUGUUUGUGUUUCCAGUACUAUGACACAAUAGAGGAUGCAUUAGGAGGGGUGCAGGAGGCUCAUUUUGAAGGGCUGAUCUUCGUGCACUCUGGGAUCUACACUGACGAGUGGAUCUACAUAGAGUCCCCCAUCACCAUGAUCGGAGCAGGUACUGUGUGUGGUCUGUCUCUGCGUGUCUUGCUGUUUCUACUUCUGUAUGUAUGAUCUUCUACUUACGGUAGAAACUGCCUUUCUUUUUGUGUGUGUGUAUGUAGCUCCGGGUAAGGUUUCUGAUAAGGUGGUGAUUGAGAACACCAGAGACUCAACGUUUGUCUUCAUGGAAGGAUCAGAGGAUGCCUACGUGGGAUACAUGACCAUCAGGGUACACUGCAAACACAGACCCAGCUCAAACACACUAACACACACGCACGCACUAUUGUAUAGACCCCAUUACACACACCUCCCCUCUAACCUCCUGUGUUUCAUAUUCAGUUUAACCCAGAUGAUAAGUCUGCUCAGCACCACAAUGCACACCACUGUCUGGAGAUCACUGUCAACUGUUCUCCCAACAUAGACCACUGUAUCAUCAGAUCUACCUGCACAGGUAAUGCACAGUCUGCAGUUGGGCGUGUUUGUUUCUCCUGUGGAGCAUGUUAGAUAAUGUAGUAAAGGGUUCGCUAACUGGUGGCCCGCUGGUGAUUUUAUUUGGUUCCCCAAGUUAUCUGAGAAAAAAAUAUAUAUAAUAUAUAUAUAUAUAUAUAUACACACACACACACACACACACACACACACACACACAGUACCAGUCAAAGGUAAAGGGUUUUUCUUUAUUUUUACUAUUUUCUACAUUAUAGAAUAAUAGUGAAGACAUCAAAACUAUGAAAUAACACAUAUGGCAUCAUGUAGUAACCAAAAAAGUGUUAAACAAAUCAAAAUAUAUUUUAUAUUUGAGAUUCUUCAAAUAGCCACCCUUUGCCUUGAUGACAGCUCUGCACACUCUAGGCAUUCUCUCAACCAGCUUCAUGAAGUAGUCACCUGGAAUGCAUUUCAAUUAACAGGUGUGUCUUCUUAAAAGUUAAUUUGUGGAAUUUCUUUCCUCCUUAAUGCGUUUGAACCAAUCAGUUGUGUUGUGUUGUGACAAAGUAGUGGGGUAUACAGAAGAUAGCCCUAUUUGGUAAAAAAACAAGUCCAUAUUAUGGCAAGAACAGCUCAAAUAAGCAAAGAGAAACGACAGUCCAUCAUUACUUUAAGACAUGAAGGUCAGUCAAUACGGAACAUUUCAAGAACUUUGAAAGUUUCUUCAAGUGCAGUCGCAAAAACCAUCAAGCGCUAUGAUGAAACUGGCUCUCAUGAGGACCGUCACAGGAAUGGAAGACCCAGAGAUACCUCUGCUGCAGAGGACAAGUUCAUUAGAGUUACCAGCCUCAGAAAUUGCAGCCCAAUAAAUGCUUCAGAGUUCAUCACAGACACAUCUCAACAUCAACUGUUCAGAGGGGUCUGUGUGAAUCAGGCCUUCAUGGUCAAAUUCCUGCAAAUCAAAUUGUAUUUGCCACAUGUGCCGAAUACAACAGGUGAAAUGCUUUCUUACAAGCCCUUAACCAACAAAUGUCUGCUCUACCCAAAAUUACAACCAAAUAAUUGCAGCAUUACCGCGAAAAUGGAAGAGGAAAGUGGAAGGAGGAAAAAGUAAGGAACUUGUCUGUUGGCCUUGCAUUAAAGAACAUAAUUGGUUAAAGAAGAUUGUGAUAAAUAAAAAAGUUUACCAGUUUAAUUUAAGGACCAAAAGAUUGACAGCCGUCCCAUAUACAGUGGGGAGAACAAGUAUUUGAUACAUUGCCGAUUUUGCAGGUUUUCCUACUUACAAAGCAUGUAGAGGUCUGUAAUUUUUAUCAUAUGUACACUUCAACUGUGAGAGACGGAAUCUAAAUCCAGAAUAUCACAUUGUAUGAUUUUUAAGUAAUUAAUUAGAAUUUUAUUGCAUGACAUAAGUAUUUGAUACAUCAGAAAAGCAGAACUUAAUAUUUGGUACAGAAACCUUUGUUUGCAAUUACAGAGAUCAUACAUUUCCUGUAGGUCUUGACCAGGUUUGCACACACUGCAGCAGGGAUUUUGGCCCACUCCUCCAUACAGACCUUCUCCAGAUCCUUCAGGUUUCGGGGCUGUCGCUGGGCAAUACGGACUUUCAGCUCCCUCCAAAGAUUUUCUAUUAGGUUCAGGUCUGGAGACUGGCUAGGCCACUCCAGGACCUUGAGAUGCUUCUUACAGAGCCACUCCUUAGUUGCCCUGGCUGUGUGUUUCGGGUCGUUGUCAUGCUGGAAGACCCAGCCACGACCCAUCUUCAAUGCUCUUACUGAGGGAAGGAGGUUGUUGGCCAAGAUCUCGCGAUACAUGGCCCCAUCCAUCCUCCCCUCAAUACGGUGCAGUCGUCCUGUCCCCUUUGCAGAAAAGCAUCCCCAAAGAAUGAUAUUUCCACCUCCAUGCUUCACGUUGGGAUGGUGUUCUUGGGGUUGUACUCAUCCUUCUUCUUCCUCCAAACACGGCGAGUGGAGUUUAGACCAAAAAGCUAUAUUUUUGUCUCAUCAGACCACAUGACCUUCUCCCAUUCCUCCUCUGGAUCAUCCAGAUGGUCAUUGGCAAACUUCAGACGGGCCUGGACAUGCGCUGGCUUGAGCAGGGGGACCUUGCGUGCGCUGCAGGAUUUUAAUCCAUGAUGGCGUAGUGUGUUACUAAUGGUUUUCUUUGAGACUGUGGUCCCAGCUCUCUUCAGGUCAUUGACCAGGUCCUGCCGUGUAGUUCUGGGCUGAUCCCUCACCUUCCUCAUGAUCAUUGAUGCCCCACGAGGUGAGAUCUUGCAUGGAGCCCCAGACCGAGGGUGAUUGACCGUCAUUUGAACUUCUUCCAUUUUCUAAUAAUUAUGCCAACAGUUGUUGCCUUCUCACCAAGCUGCUUGCCUAUUGUCCUGUAGCCCAUCCCAGCCUUGUGCAGGUCUACAAUUUUAUCCCUGAUGUCCUUACACAGCUCUCUGGUCUUGGCCAUUGUGGAGAGGUUGGAGUCUGUUUGAUUGAGUGUGUGGACAGGUGUCUUUUAUACAGUUUUUAACGAGUUGUGUGUGUAUAUAUAUAUAUAUAUAUAUAUAUAUAUAUAUACACACACACACACACACACACACACACACACAAGUAUUUGAUCCCCUGCUGAUUUUGUACGUUUGCCCACUGACAAAGACAUGAUCAGUCUAUAAUUUUAAUGGUAGGUUUAUUUGAACAGUGAGAGACAGAAUAACAACAACAAAAUCCAGAAAAAUGCAUGUUAAAAAUGUUAUGAAUUGAUUCGAAUUUUAAUGGGGGAAAUAAGUAUUUGACCCCUCUGCAAAACAUGACUUAGUACUUGGUGGCAAAACCCUUGUUGGCAAUCACAUAGGUCAGACGUUUCUUGUAGUUGGCCACCAGGUUUGCACACAUCUCAGGAGGGAUUUUGUUCCACUCCUCUUUGCAGAUCUUCUCCAAGUCAUUAAGGUUUCGAGGCUGAUUUUUGGCAACUCGAACCUUCAGCUCCCUCCACAGAUUUUCUAUGGGAUUAAGGACUGGAGAAUGGCUAGGCCACUCCAGGACCUUAAUGUGCUUCUUCUUGAGCCACUCCUUUGUUGCCUUGGCCGUGUGUUUUGGGUCAUUGUCAUGCUGGAAUACCCAUCCACGACCCAUUUUCAAUGCCCUGGCUGAGGGAAGGAGGUUCUCACCCAAGAUUUGACGGUACAUGGCCCCGUCCAUCGUCCCUUUGAUGCGGUGAAGUUGUCCUGUCCCCUUAGCAGAAAAACACCCCCAAAGCAUAAUAUUUCCACCUCCAUGUUUGACAGUGGGGAUGGUGUUCUUGGUGUCAUAGGCAGCAUUCCUCCAAACACGGCGAGUUGAGUUGAUGCCAAAGAGCUCGAUUUUGGUCUCAUCUGACCACAAGACUUUCACCCAGUUCUCCUCUCAAUCAUUCAGAUGUUCAUUGGCAAACUUCAGACGGCCCUGUAUAUGUGCUUUCUUGAGCAGGGGGACCUUGCGGGCGCUGCAGGAUUUCAGUCCUUCACGGCGUAGUGUGUUACCAAUUGUUUUCUUGGUGACUAUGGUCCCAGCUGCCUUGAGAUCAUUGACAAGAUCCUCCCGUGUAGUUCUGGGCUGAUUCCUCACCGUUCUCAUGAUCAUUGCAACUCCACAAGGUGAGAUCUUGCAUGGAGCCCCAGGCCGAGGGAGAUUGACAGUUAUUUUGUGUUUCUUCCAUUUUGUGAAUAAUCGCACCAACUGUUGUCACCAAGCUGCUUGGCGAUGGUCUUGUAGCGUCUACAAUCUUGUCCCUGACAUCCUUGGAGAGCUCUUUGGUCUUGGCCAUGGUGGAGAGUUUGGAAUCUGAUUGAUUGAUUGCUUCUGUGGACAGGUGUCUUUUAUACAGGUAACAAACUGAGAUUAGGAGCACUCCCUUUAAGAGUGUGCUCCUAAUCUCAGCUCAUAACCUGUAUAAAAGACACCUGGGAGCCAGAAAUCUUUCUGAUUGAGAGGGGGUCAAAUACUUAUUUCCCUCAUUAAAAUGCAAAUCAAUUCAUAACAUUUUUGACAUGCGUUUCUUGAUUUCUUUUGUUUUUAUGGGUCGGUAGUCAUUUAGGCAGGAUAUCUUAGUGUUCUUGGGCACAGGGACUAUGGUGGUCUGCUUGAAACAUGUUGGUAUUACAGACUCAGUCAGGGACAUGUUGAAAAUGUCAGUGAAGACACUUGCCAGUUGGUCGGCACAUGCUCGGAGUAUACGUCCUGGUAAUCCGCCUUGUGAAUGUUGACCUGCUUAAGUCUUACUCACAUCGGCUACAGAGAGCAUAAUCACAUAGUCAUCUGGAACAGCUGAUGCUCUCAUGCAUGCUUCAGUGUUGCCUGCCUCGACGCGAGCAUCAAAGUGAUUUAGCUCAUCUGGGCAGGUCGCGGCUGUGCUUCCCUUUGUAGUCUGUAAUAGUUUGCAAGCCGUGCCAUAUCCGACAAGCGUCGGAGCCGGUGUAGUAUGAUUCAAUCUUAGUCCUGUAUUGACUCUUUGCCUGUUUGAUGGUUCGUCGGAGGGCAUAGCAGGAUUUCUUAUUAACGUCCGGGUUAGAGUCCCGCUCCUUGAAAGUGGCAGCUCUACCCUUUAGCUCAGUGCGGAUGUUGCCUGUAAUCCAUGGCUUCUGGUUGGGGUAUGUACGUAUGGUCACUGUGUGGACGACGUCAUCGAUGCACUUAUUGAUGAAGCAAGUGACUGAUUUGGUGUACUCCUCAAUGCCAUCGGAAGAAUCCCGGAACAUAUUCCAGUCUGUGCUAGCAAAACAGUCCUGUAGAUUAGCAUCUGCGUCAUCUGACCACUUCCUCAUUAACCGAGUCACUGGUGCUUCCUGCUUUAGUUGUUGCUUAUAAGCAGGAAUCAGAAGGAUAUAAUUAUGGUCAGAUUUGCCAAAUGGAGGGUGAGGGAGAGCUUUGUACGCGUCUCUGUGUGUGGAGUAAAGGUGGUCUAGAGUUUUUUUCCUCUUGUUGCACAUUUAACCUGCUGGUAGAAAUUAGGUAGAACGGAUUUAAGUUUCCCUGCAUUUAAGCCCUCCGCCACUAGGAGCACUGCCUCUGGAUGAGCGUUUUCCUGUGUGCUCAUGGCUUUAUACAGCUCAUUGAGCGCAAUCUUAGUGCCAGCAUCGGUUUGUGGUCGUAAAUAGACAGCUAUGAAAAAUAUAGACACAAACUCUCUUGGUAAAUAGUGUGGUCUACAGUUUAUCAUGAGAUACUCUUCCUCAGGCGAGCAAAACCUCGACACUUCCUUAGUAUUCGAUUUUAUGCACCAGCUGUUGUUUACAAAUAUACACAGACCACCACCCCUUGUCUUACCGGAGUCAGCCGUUCUAUCCUGCCGAUGUAGCGUAUAUCCCGGCAGCUGUAUAUUAUCCAUGUCGUCGUUCAGCAUGCCGUCGUUCAGCCACGACUCAGUGAAACAGAAGAUAUUACAAUUUUUAAUGUCCCGUUGGUAGGAUGUCCUUGAUCUUAGGUCGUCCAUUUUGUUUUCAAAUGAUUGUACGUUGGCUAAUAGGAUUGAUGGAAGAGGCAGCUUACUCGCUCGCUGUCGGAGCCUUACAAGGCACCCCGACCUACGUCCACGAUAUCUCUGUCUCUUUCUCAUGCGAAUGACGGGGAUUUGGGCCUUGUCGUGUGUCUGUAGAAUAUCCUUUGCGUCCGACUCGUUGAAGAAAAAAAUCUUCGUCCAAUACGAUGAGUAAUCGCUGUCCUGAUAUCCAGAAGCUCUUUUUGGUCAUAAGAGACGGUGGAAGAAAUAUUAUGUACAGAAUAAAUUACAAAUAACGUGAAAAAACACACAUAAUAGCACAAUUGGUUAGAGGGCCGUAAAACGGCAGCCAUCUCCUCCGGCGCCAUCUUCACCACUACUAAAGGACACCAAUAAGAAGAGACCUGCUUGGGCCAAGAAACACGAGCAAUGGACAUUAGACCAGUGGAAAUGUGGCCUUUGGUCUGGCGUCCAAAUUGGAAAUGUUUGGUUCCAACCGCCAUAUCUUUGUGAGACGUGGUGUCGGUGAACGGAUGAUCUCCACAUGUGUAUUUCCCAAAGUAAAGCAUGGAGGAGGAGGUGUUGUGGUGUGGUGGUGCUUUGCUGGUGACACUGUCUGUGAUUUAUUUAUAAUUCAAGGCACACUUAACCAGCAUGGCUACCACAGCAUUCUGCAGCAAUAUGCCAUUCCAUCUGGUUUGGGCUGAGUGGGACUGUCAUUUGUUUUCCAACAGGACAAUGACCCAACACACCUCCAGGCUGUGUAAGGGCUAUUUUACCAAGGAGAGCGAUGGAGUGCUGCAUCAGAUGACCUGGCCUCCACAUUCCCCCGACCUCAACCAAAUUGUGAUGUUUUGGGAUGAGUCGGACCGCAGAGUGAAGGAAAAGCAGCCAACAAGUGCUCAGCAUAUGUGGGAACUCCUUCAAGACUGUUGGAAAAGCAUUCCAGGAUAAGCUAGUUGGGAGAAUGCCAAGAGUGUGCAAAGCUGUCAUCAAGGCAAAGGGUGGCUAUUUGAAGAAUCUCAAAUAUGAAAUAUAUUUUGAUUUGUUUAACACUUUUUUUGUUUACUACAUGAUUCCAUAUGUGCUAUUUCAUAGUUUUGAUGUCUUCACUAAUAUUCUACAAUGUAGAAAAGAGUUUAAAAAAAAAUAAGAAAAACCCUUGAAUGAGUAGGUGUUCUAAAACUUUUGACCGGUUGUGUGUGUAUGUAUGUAUGUAUGUGUUUAUAUAUAUAUAUAUAUAUAUAUAUAUAUAUAUAUAUAUAUAUAUAUAUAUAUAUAUAUAUAUAUAUAUAUAUAUAUAUAUAUAUACAUACAUACAUACAUACAUACAGUGAGGGAAAAAAGUAUUUGAUCCCCUGCUGAUUUUGUAAGUUUGCCCACUGACAAAGAAAUGAUCAGUCUAUAAUUUUAAUGGUAGGUUUAUUUGAACAGUGAGAGACAGAAUAACAACAAAAGAAACCAGAAAAACGCAUGUCAAAAAUGUUAUAAAUUGAUUUACAUUUUAAUGAGGGAAAUAAGUAUUUGACCCCUCUGCAAAACAUGACUUAGUACUUGGUUGCAAAACCCUUGUUGGCAAUCACAGAGGUCAGACGUUUCUUGUAAUUGGCCACCAGGUUUGCACACAUCUCAGGAGGGAUUUUGUCCCACUCCUCUUUGCAGAUCUUCUCCAAGUCAUUAAGGUUUUGAGGCUGACGUUUGGCAACUCGAACCUUCAGCUCCCUCCACAGAUUUUCUAUGGGAUUAAGGUCUGGAGACUGGCUAGACCACUCCAGGACCUUAAUGUGCUUCUUCUUGAGCCACUCCUUUGUUGCCUUGGCCGUGUGUUUUGGGACAUUGUCAUGCUGGAAUACCCACCCACGACCCAUUUUCAAUGCCCUGGCUGAGGGAAGGAGGUUCUCAACCAAGAUUUGACGGUACAUGGCCCCGUCCAUCUUCCUUUUGAUGCAGUGAAGUUGUCCUGUCCCCUUAGCAGAAAAACACCCCCAAAGCAUAAUGUUUCCACCUUCAUGUUUGACGGUGGGGAUGGUGUUCUUGGGGGGUUCAUAGGCAGCAUUCCCCCUCCUCCAAACACGGCCAGUUGAGUUGAUGCCAAAGAGCUCGAUUUUGGUCUCAUUUGACCACAACACUUUCACCCAGUUCUCCUCUGAAUCAUUCAGAUGUUCAUUGGCAAACUUCAGACGGGCAUGUAGAUGUGCUUUCUUGAGCAGGGGGACCUUGCGGGUGCUGCAGGAUUUCAGUCCAUCACGGUGUAGUGUGUUACCAAUUGUUUUCUUGGUGACUAUGGUCCCAGCUGCCUUGAGAUCAUUGACAAGAUCCUCCCGUGUAGUUCUGGGCUGAUUCCUCACCGUUCUCAUGAUCAUUGCAACUCCACGAGGUGAGAUCUUGCAUGGAGCCCCAGGCCGAGGGAGAUUGACAGUUCUUUUGUGUUUCUUCCAUUUGCGAAUAAUCGCACCAACUGUUGUCACCUUCUCACCAAGCUGCUUGGCGAUGGUCUUGUAGCCCAUUCCAGCCUUGUGUAGGUCUACAAUCUUGUCCCUGACAUCCUUGGAGAGCUCUUUGGUCUUGGCCAUGGUGGAGAGUUUGGAAUCUGAUUGAUUGCUUCUGUGGACAGGUGUCUUUUAUACAGGUAACAAACUGAGAUUAGGAGCACUCCCUUUAAGAGUGUGCUCCUAAUCUCAGCUCGUUACCUGUAUAAAAGACACCUGGGAGCCAGAAAUCUUUCUGAUUGAGAGGGGGUCAAAUACUUAUUUCCCUCAUUAAAAUGCAAAUCAAUUUAUAACAUUUUUGACAUGCGUUUUUCUGGAUUUUUGUUGUUGUUAUUCUGUCUCUCACUGUUCAAAUAAACCUACCAUUAAAAUCAUAGAUUAUUCUUUGUCAGUGGGCAAACGUACAAAAUCCGCAGGGGAUCAAAUACUUUUUUCCCUCACUGUGUAUAUAUAUAUAUAUAUAUAUAUAUAUAUAUAUAUAUAUAUAUAUAUAUAUAUAUAUAUAUAUAUAUAUUGGAAAAGCAUUCCAUAUAGUUUGUUUGGGACAGAAAACUGUUAAAACCAAGCAAAUCAGCUCCAUGUGAUUUUAAUUUUGGAAAUCUGUUCCAAAGUAUUCCCACGUGUAAUAGUGAGAGAUGGGAUUGUAUAUAAAUGGAAGCAAGGUUUGAAAUGAUUGUUUUAGUCAAAUAUAUCUGUUUGGGCUUCUUGCGGGCAAUUUGCUGUCUACAAAUUAUUUGUAAUUAUUUUCCGGCCCCCUGACCAGCCGCUCAAGAAAAGAUCGGCCCGCGGCUGAAUCUAGUUGAUGAUCCCUGAUGUAGUUUGUCUCCAGUGGGGCAUGUUGGGUAAUGUAGUUUGUCCCUACUCCAGUGGGCUCGGCUGUCUGUGUGAGUGGCCAGGGGGCGUGUCCUAGCAUCAAACACUGCAACAUCAGCGACUGUGAAAACGUUGGACUUUACAUCACCGACCAUGCACAGGUAAACGCAUACUUACAUUACCUACCAUGCGCGCACACACACACACACACACACACACACACACACACACACACACACACACACACACACACACACACAUCACUAACCACACUUAAACACCCUCUCUGACUGUAUGUAUUCCUGCAUGGUAUCUAUGAUGAUAAUGAUGUGAUAAUGUAUUGCAGGGUAUCUAUGAGGAUAAUGAGAUUAGUAAUAAUGCAUUGGCGGGAAUCUGGGUAAAAAACCACGGCAACCCCAUCAUCAGACGAAACCACAUUCACCACGGCCGAGAUGUAGGAGUCUUCACCUUCGACCAUGGCAUGGUAUCUCACUCUGACCUUUAACGUCAAACCUCUUUUAUAUCUGCUUUCCACUAGAUUCCACAGCCUCAAAGUCAAAAUUGGCUUCAUCGUAAAGAUUAAUGAAAACAAAAAUUAGCUUUUUGGUCUUAAAGGAAAACUCCACCCAAAAACUAUAUUUUGGUAUUUGUUUCAUUAGUCAAUUGCAAAACGCAGCAUCAUAUGAUGCAAAAUAUUUCUGUAUUUUGAAAGUUACAUAUCUUGAAAACUUGAUUGCUGACAUGCAAAACAUUUUGGGGACUAUAUCAACAAUGGACUAAUGAAACAAAUAGCAAAAUAUAGUUUUUGUGUGUAGUUUUCCUUUAAUUUAAGGUUAGGCGUACGGUUAGCAGUGUGGUUAAGGUUAGGAGUUUGGUUAAGGUUAGGUUUAAAAUACAAUUUUAAGAUACAUUUUAGAAAUAGGCAUGGUUUAGGACUUUGUAGCUGUGGAAGCUAGUGACGGCCCUUACCUCUCACCCACCAUUUUGGAGGUCUUUACGGUUGUGCUGUACAUGGCAAUGAUGAUAGUAUCGCUCUCUCUCCUUCUCCCUCUUCCCUAGGGUUAUUUUGAGAGUUGUAACAUCCACAGGAAUCGUAUAGCAGGCUUUGAGGUGAAGGCGUAUGCUAACCCUACAGUGGUUCGCUGUGAGAUCCACCAUGGCCAAACAGGGGGCAUCUAUGUGCAUGAGAAAGGACGAGGACAGUUCAUAGAAAACAAGAUCUACGCCAACAACUUCGCAGGAGUCUGGAUCACCUCCAACAGUGACCCUACGAUACGGUACACACACACACACACACACACACACACACAGUCAGUGGUGUAAAGUACUUAAGUAAAAAUACUUUAAAGUACUACUUAAGUAGUUUUGUGGGGUAUCUGUACUUUACUAUUUAUAUUUCUCUACUACGUUCCUAAACAAAAUAAUUUACAUACAUUUUCACUGACACUCAAAAGUACUCAUUACAUUUCGAAUGCUUUGCAGGACAGGAAAAAAAUCUGAAAUUUCUUUCCCAAAUUCUGCUGUAUAUUUUCCCAAAGUAUGUUUCCUCUGUAUUUUUCCUGGUUUUAGAUUUUUGUUUUUCACUCUCAGAAUUACAAUUGUUCAUAAAGAAAGAACAAAAUGGGAUGUUCCGAGUUCAUGUCAAUGCUUAAAUCACAUCAGAAGACCUUAGUUUUCCUCCAGACCCCCAAAAAUAUCAAAUGGAUUUUUGAGUGUAAUUCCCCUUUAAUUGCGCAUCUGGCCCUUUAGUUGCGCAUCUGGCCCUUUAAUUGCACAUCUAGCAAGUGAGGAAUGUGCCAUCUGUGAUGGUUCUGUACUGCUGCUGCUCAUUUCAUUUCAUGGCAAAGUGUGCAAAUAAUAGAUACAAAUUAUAUACUUCUGCCAGGUAAACAUUGAAUUGAGAGGGUUUUGGGGAAAGUAUUUGUCAACCCAGAAGAUGGUUAUCACAUCAACUGGCUACACACAGAGUGAUAGACAAAUGUGCACACCACACAGACAGACCGGGGCAAUAUUGCUGGAAAUUAAUUGGCAGAUGUGUUAGGUUUGGCUUUUUAAGCCAAUAGUGGCUAACCAGGGGUGGGAUAAUGUCGGUGUUGCGUUGAUUAGAUAGUAGCUGGGAGCUUGCGGUGUCUGAUACUUGUGAGAUUUGUUUGACAGUUUGCAGUGGAACACGUGCAAAUUGCAUGUACUUUCAGAAUUAUUUGGCGAGCUACUCAUAGGUGGCCUGCGAGUUACUGGUAGCUCGCGAUCGACCUGUUGGAGACCCCUGCACUAACCUCUCAGUAUUAUGGGCUGUUUGUUGACUUUCCGUUCUGUUAUUCUCCAGGGGCAAUGCAAUCUUUAACGGUAACCAGGGGGGCGUGUACAUAUUUGGCGAUGGCCGUGGCCUGAUCGAGGGGAACGAUAUCCAUGGCAACGCUCUGGCGGGAAUCCAGAUCAGAACCAAUAGCUGCCCAAUUGUACGCCACAACAAGAUCCACGACGGACAGCAUGGCGGCAUCUACGUGGUAAACACACACAUACUAUUUGGAUUUUUCAGUCCUUUAGAUGCUUGGACUUAUGAAUCUCAGGAGAUGUUGAUAAAACAUAUCUAAUCGUGUGUGUGUGUGUUUGCAGCAUGAGAAGGGCCAGGGUGUGAUAGAGGAGAACGAGGUGUACAGCAACACGCUGGCAGGAGUCUGGGUGACCACAGGCAGCACUCCUGUCCUCCGCAGGAACCGCAUCCACAGUGGCAAACAGGUAAAACACACUCCACAUUCUCUCACAGUUAUUGUUAUUUAAAAAAUACAACUAUGUUUUUGUGAGAAUUGGAGGCCUGUCUCAUUAUUCUAUAAAAAGUCAGAUUUAACAACCUUUCUCCCCCUCUCUCAGGUAGGGGUGUAUUUCUAUGACAAUGGUCAUGGGGUGUUGGAAGACAAUGACAUCUACAAUCACAUGUACUCCGGCGUUCAAAUACGGUAAGUCCUGCCUCUUCAGUCAAAUUCAGGGCACAUAGUGGUUAUGAUAACAUUUGACUAAUGUUAGAUGAAGGCUUCACUAACAGUGUUGGUUGUCUAUAGAACGGGCAGCAACCCCAAGAUCAGACGCAACAAGAUCUGGGGAGGACAGAACGGAGGCAUUCUGGUCUACAACUCAGGUCUGGGUUUCAUCGAGGACAAUGAGAUCUUUGACAACGCCAUGGCGGGCGUGUGGAUUAAGACAGACAGUAACCCCACGCUGCGACGCAACAAGAUCCACGACGGGAGAGACGGAGGCAUCUGUAUCUUUAACGGAGGGAGAGGUCUUCUGGAGGAGAAUGAUAUCUUCAGGAACGCCCAGGCAGGAGUUCUGAUCAGCACCAACAGCCACCCGGUGCUCCGCAAGAACCGUAUCUUUGACGGCUUCGCUGCAGGUCAGCUGCCCAUGUGUACACAUUUACAUACAUUUUACCGUACUGACUGGUCGAUACUGUUACCUACUCCUCAUCCACCAUCUGUGUUGAUGUCAUUUCCUGUCUCAGGUAUCGAAAUAACCAACCACGCCACAGCGACUCUGGAGGGAAACCAGAUCUUCAACAACCGUUUCGGAGGCCUGUUCCUCGCCUCGGGGGUCAACGUCACCAUGAAAGGUAGCUAGUGCUAAAAGGCUAGGCUAUUGUAGCACUAAGGGCCCGAGUAUGUGAGCGGUUGGUAAUCCCGCUCAUCGCAUUCCAACCGCCACGCUAAAAACCGCUCCGCGCUCACAGGAAUAAAAAACUGCCGCUCCAAAUUCGCUCCAUUCAUUAAAAUCACAAUUUAACCAACACCCAUCUAUUUUUGUGACUACCUGAAUAAACAUGAAAAGGUGAAUGAAAGAAUUGCACAUAAUUUCAAAUAGGAUACAUGUCAUAUUAAACAGCAUAUAAACACUCUAAAUAGGUCAGGAGCCAGACAGGCAGCCUAAGAAGGAACACAAAUGUAUUAUUUAGGGGGGGUCACAAAUUCAAACUGAUUCAUACAUGAUAUCAAAUGGAUUCAUACAUGAUGUCUAAGAUACAUGCAUGCUCUUCAACCGAACGCUGCUUGCACCCGCCCACUCGGCGGGUCUGACCUAGAGUAUGUGGACAACUACAAAUACCUAGGUGUCUGGUUAGACUGUAAACUCUCCUUCCAGACUCACAUUAAGCAUCUCCAAACAAAAGUUGGAUCUAGAAUCGGCUUCCUAUUUCGCAACAAAGCCUCCUUCACUCAUGCUGCCAAACAUGCCCUCGUAAAACUGACUAUCCUACCGAUCCUUGACUUCGGCGAUGUCAUUUACAAAAUAGCCUCCAACACUCUACUCUGCAAAUUGGAUGUAGUCUAUCACAGUGCCAUCCGUUUUGUCACCAAAGCCCCAUAUACUACCCACCAUUGUGACCUGUACGCUCUUGUUGGCUGGCCCUCACUACAUAUUCGUCGCCAAACCCACUGGCUCCAGGUCAUCUAUAAAUCACUGCUAGGCAAAUCCCCGUCUUACCUUAGCUCACUGGUCACCAUAGCAACACCCACCCAUAGUCUGCGCUCCAGCAGGUAUAUCUCACUGGUCAUCCCCAAAGCCAACACCUCCUUUGGCCGCCAUUCCUUCCAGUUCUCUGCUGCCAAUGACUGGAACGAACUGCAAAAAUCUCUGAAGCUGGAGACUCUUAUCUCCCUCACUAACUUUAAGCGUCAGUUGUCAGAGCAGCUUACCGAUCACUGCACCUGUACACAGCCAUUCUGAAAUUAGCCCACCCAACUACCUCAUCCCCAUAUUGUUAUUUAUUUUGCACCCCAGUAUCUCUAUUUGCACAUCAUCUUUUGCACAUCUAUCAUUCCAGUGUUAAUACGAAAUUGUAACUAUUUUGCACUAUGACCUAUUUAUUGCCUUACCUACAUAACGUACUACAUUCGCACACACUGUAUAUAUAUAUUUUCUGUUUGUAUUUUUGACUUUGUUUUGUUUAGCCCAUAUGUAACUGUGUUGUUGUUUUUAUCGCACUGCUUUGCUUUAUCUUGGCCAGGUCGCAGUUGUAAAUGAGAACUUGUUCUCAACUGGCUUACCUGGUUAAAUAAAGGUGAAAUAAAUAAAUAAACAUGGACCAUCAAGCCAUUUCAUUCUCUAUUGUAGGAGACUUGGGGGUAUCAGAAACAAAUGUGUAAAAUACAUUUGAAUCUUUUGAUAAUGGCCUUAUUUCCAUUAUCUCAAAAGUUAUGGCACAAGAUAUGUUAAAUCAGGUAAUGUCAGAUUUCAGUCUGAAGGAAGUAAAUGCUUUUCGAAGGAAGUAUAUGCUUUAAUCAGUUCAUUUCCCCAGUCAUUCUGUGCAGAUUCAUCACUCUCCCUUCACAGCUUGUGUGUGUCAUAGAUGGAAACAGAAGAAACGUAUGUGUUCCUGAGAUUCUUGGCUUUCAGGAAUGGGGUCAUAUUCGCUAAUAGCUUCAACAGUUGAAAAGCUAUAACCAAAUUCGUAGGAAUAUUACCGCUCCGUUUGUCCCAGUUGCUAAUAGUGGAUAUCGAAGGUUACUUGCGUAACCAAGAUUCUAUGAACUAAAUCAGUGGCGCAUUCAGCUGACUGAGGAAAACAACUUGCACAACACAUUCAUUCAGAUUGUUGCGAGAGAUGCACUAUGGCUGGCUUAGACUAUAUAAAAUAGGUUAUUGGUCACAGCAGUCUCUCUUCCUCUCUUCCAGAUAAUAAGAUAAUGAAUAAUCAGGAUGCCAUAGAGAAAGCUGUGAGCAGAGGACAGUGUCUCUACAAGAUCUCCAGCUACACCUCCUACCCCAUGCACGACUUCUACAGGUACACAAACAAUUAGCCAAUACAUGACUUUUAGUCAGUUACACAGCGGUUACUCCAGUGCUGAUUUUAUUUUACCUAUGUGUGUCCAGGUGUCACACCUGCAAUACGACAGACAGGAACGCCAUCUGUGUGAACUGCAUCAAGAAGUGUCACCAAGGACACGACGUGGAGUUUAUACGGCACGAUAGGUGAGGAGCACCAACCAUUUACUACUGACUAGAUGCUCCCAUUUGUGGUGUUUGUUUCAAAAUAAUUGAAGGCUUGUCAUUACGGUGUCUUGACUAUAUAAUUAUUUGUAGAAUACCAGGCUGACCCCUCAAUUAUAUAUUUUCCUUGUUUUGUCCUGUAUGCUGUGCUAACCCUCUCCUGUCUUUGUAGGUUUUUCUGUGAUUGUGGAGCGGGAACUCUGUCCAACCCCUGUACGCUGGCUGGAGAACCAACACACGACACAGACACACUCUACGACUCCGCUCCGCCCAUUGAGUCAAACACGCUGCAGCACAACUGA